GAUGUGAGCUCACUCCCGCCUCCCGGCUCGCAGCGCCGUCCGGAAGCGUCCGCCCGAGGUGGCCGCCAGCUCGUUGCCAACGGGCCGGCCGGAGUCGCCCGUCCCGCCCUUCCCGGCGCCACACGCAGUAGCUGCUUUCCAAAUGGGUACGCAGUGAAGGCGGGCGGCCGCGGGGCCCAGGCAGCGCCGGGCUCCGAGACACUUCGUCCUCCGGGCCCGGCGGGUCGCCUGGAGACCGCCGGCGCGCACGCUACGCCCAUCGCGUUUCCGGCCGGGCCACGUGACCAGGCGCGCACGUGUUCCGGCCUCUCGGCGCCGCAGGCCGGAAGCUCCUCCUGCAGGGCUCAGGGCUGUUUCCCACCUGGGUCUGACGCGGGCCGGGCCGGGGGAGGCGGCGGGCUCCGGAAGCAGCGCAAGCGCGGUGGCCCCAGGUUGGGGGCAGCAGCCUCGCUAUGAACCCCAGGGGCCUGUUCCAGGAUUUCAACCCGAGUAAGUUCCUCAUCUACGCCUGUCUGCUGCUCUUCUCCGUGCUGCUGCCCCUCCGCCUGGACGGCGUCAUCCAGUGGAGCUACUGGGCUGUGUUCGCCCCCAUAUGGCUGUGGAAGCUCCUGGUCCUUGCCGGCGCCUCGGUGGGCGCGGGCGUUUGGGCGAGGAAUCCCCGUUACCGCACCGAGGGUGAGGCCUGUGUGGAGUUCAAGGCCAUGCUGAUCGCCGUGGGCAUCCACCUGCUGCUGCUCAUGUUCGAAGUCCUAGUCUGCGACAGGGUGGAGAGGGGCACCCACUUCUGGCUACUGGUCUUCAUGCCGCUCUUCUUUGUGUCUCCCGUCUCCGUGGCCGCCUGCGUAUGGGGCUUCCGGCACGACAGGUCCCUGGAGCUGGAAAUCCUGUGCUCUGUCAACAUCCUGCAGUUCAUCUUCAUCGCCCUGAGGCUGGACAGGAUCAUCCACUGGCCGUGGCUGGUGGUGUUUGUGCCGCUCUGGAUCCUCAUGUCCUUUCUCUGCCUGGUGGUCCUCUAUUACAUUGUCUGGUCCCUCCUGUUCCUGCGUUCUCUGGAUGUGGUUGCCGAGCAGCGAAGAACACAUGUGACCAUGGCCAUCAGCUGGAUAACGAUCGUCGUGCCCCUCCUCACUUUUGAGGUUCUGCUGGUUCACAGGCUGGACGGCCACAACGUGUUCUCCUACGUCUCCAUAUUCGUCCCUCUUUGGCUGUCAUUAAUCACUUUAAUGACCACAACAUUUCGGCGAAAGGGGGGCAACCACUGGUGGUUUGGUAUUCGCAGAGAUUUCUGCCAGUUUUUGCUUGAAAUUUUCCCUUGUUUAAGAGAAUACGGGAAUAUUUCAUACGAUCUACAUCAUGAAGAUAGUGAAGACGCUGAAGAAACGUCAUCUGUUCCAGAAGCUCCUAAAAUCGCUCCAAUGUUCGGAAAGAAGGCCAGGGUCGUGAUAACCCAGAGCCCUGGAAAAUAUGUUCCCCCACCUCCCAAGUUAAAUAUUGAUAUGCCGGAUUAAACUCGUUGUCGGUGGGGGAGUGCCCACGAGUGGAAAAGAAACCAUAUACACCCGAAGUCCACCUUACUUUGGCCUCUUUGCUCAUCCAUCCCAAACUUGGAACUGAUAACAGGCUCCAAACAUCAUUUCAUGCCUUGUUGGAGAUCGAUGCCUACCAGUGACUCAUCAGUAUUUCAUCAGAGAUGUGGGAGGUUAUUUUACCCUAUAGUGGUGGGUGUGCCUGUGCGCGUGCACGAUGUGCGUCCCGGUAUGAGGCGCUUGUCUCCAGGUUGCUGCUGCAGAACCAGCUAGAGCUGUGCAUUAAAUUGUUUUAGUAGGUCUUCAGAUGGGCUCAAGACACAGCUAGGGCUUUUUUUUUUUUUUAAGUGGUACUAUAUACCUAUCAAAAGUAUUGUUUUGAAAAGUAUUUUUAUACACUGCUGGCCUGAAAUUGUAUUUCAGAUUGUGCCUGUUGUGACGUAAUCAAUAGCAAAUGUAAAGCCUUCUCCUUCCCACCACUUGCACAUAAA